GCGUACAUUUUGAAACGGAAUACACAACUUUCUAAGUUCAAAUGACAACAUUUACCUAACUUUACCUCAUCUUAUAUAAGUCUAGGUAUUGUUUUACAUAGUAAUUUAAUAUCUGGAUAUCUCGACAGAAAUGCGUUAUGAUUAUGGUCAAUUCUGUUAAAAUAAUUCUGACUAGAACUGCAGCUCAAUAAAGUAACAAACAUGCAAAGUCUGUGAGCACUGAAGAAACAAGUGGAAGAAAGCAGAGCAGAUUUUGGUUUAAUCCUCCGUCUGGAUGAUGGGUAUGUCAGUGGCACGCGCGUUCACCAUCCUCGCGCGCGGCGCGCAACACAGACUUUCAAACGAUGAGCAGACGACAACGACCAAAGUCUUACCUGGUGCUCCUUGAACACUUCGGGGAUUUUUAUCGAGAAAUCCUCACAAUAGUGCGCAAUGGGAAAUGAAUGGAGGCUGAGGAGUGGCACGCGCCUCAAUUCAGUGUUAUGACAGGAAGUUUCUUGUUUUUUACCUGUUGUGAUUACGGCGCCAUGGAGAAGCGCAAACGACUGUUAUUUUUCCUUUUAUACUUGAUGUCAAAGUUUUACCGUAGUGACCAGCAAGUCAUAAGAAUUGGAGGUAUUUUUGAGACGCGGGAGAACGAACCUGUGAGUAUGGAUGAAGUCGCCUUUAAAUUUGCUGUUACUAACAUUAACCGAAACCGAACCUUGAUGCCAAACACCACGCUGACCUAUGACAUCCAGAGAGUAAAUCUCUUUGACAGUUUUGAGGCCUCACGAAGAGUAUGUGACCAGUUGGCCCUAGGGGUUGCGGCGGUCUUCGGCCCCGCUCACAGCUCCUCCGUCAGCGCCGUCCAAUCCAUUUGCAAUGCCCUAGAGGUGCCACACAUCCAGACCCGCUGGAAACACCCAUCUGUGGACAAUAAAGACAAUUUUUACAUUAACCUCUACCCUGAGUACACCUCCAUAAGCAGGGCUAUUCUGGACAUUGUCACUUUCUACAAAUGGAAGUCUGUUACUGUGGUGUACGAGGACAGCACAGGAUUAAUGCGCAUGCAGGAGCUGAUCAAAGCGCCGGCGAAAAACAGCCUCAAGAUCCGGAUUCGCCAGCUGCCUUCGGGAGGAGGCGACUCUCGCCCCUUACUGAAAGAGAUGAAGAAGGAAAAGGAGUUUUACAUCAUCUUCGACUGCUCCUACCAAGUAGCCGCCGAACUUCUCAAACAGCUGAUGUCGAUGGGUAUGAUGACUGAAUACUAUCAUUUCUUCUUUACCACUUUGGAUUUGUUUGCUCUGGAUCUCGAGCCGUACCGUUACAGUGGGGUCAACAUGACGGCCUUCCGCCUCCUGAAUCUGGACAAUCCGUUUGUGGCAUCCGUGAUCCAGAAGUGGUCCAUGGAGCGUCAGCUGACCCCGCCCAAACCUGAGAGCGGAUUGAUGAGCGGCAUUAUGACUACAGAAGCCGCUCUCAUGUAUGACGCAGUGUUCAUGGUCGCUGUGGCGUCUCAGCGGGCAACGCAGAUGACCGUGAGCUCCCUGCAGUGCCACAGACACAAGCCCUGGAGGUACGGCCCGCGCUUCAUGAACCUGUUUAAAGAGGCACAAUGGGAUGGUUUGACAGGACGAAUAGUCCUUAACAAGACUGAUGGUUUGCGCAGAGAGUUCAACUUAGAUCUGAUCAGCCUCAAGGAGGACGGAGCGGCAAAGCGUUUGCCCGACGGUGCGUCACGACCCACUAAAUUGUGGACAAAGAUUGGCGUGUGGAAUUCUUACACAGGCCUCAAUCUGACCGAGAGGAAAGACAACAAAAACAUAACAGACUCGCUGGCUAACAGGACACUUGUUGUUACAACAAUCUUGGAAAACCCAUAUGUUAUGUAUAAAAAGUCAGACAAGGUGCUAUAUGGGAAUGAUCGGUUCGAGGGCUACUGUCUAGACCUGCUGAAAGAGCUCUCGAACAUUCUGGGAUUCACGUAUGAAGUCAAGCUGGUCACUGAUGGGAAAUAUGGUGCUCAAAAUGAUAAAGGAGAAUGGAAUGGCAUGGUUCGGGAAUUAAUCGACCACAUAGCUGACCUGGCAGUGGCUCCGUUGACCAUCACUUACGUCAGAGAGAAAGUCAUUGACUUCUCCAAACCCUUCAUGACCCUGGGUAUCAGCAUACUUUACCGCAAACCAAAUGGCACCAACCCAGGGGUCUUUUCGUUCCUUAACCCUCUCACCCCUGACAUCUGGAUGUACGUGCUGCUGGCGUGUCUGGGAGUAAGCUGUGUACUCUUUGUAAUAGCCAGGUUUACUCCAUAUGAAUGGUAUAAUCCCCACCCCUGCAACGCUUCCUCUGAAGUUAUCGAGAACAACUUUACACUGCUCAAUAGUUUAUGGUUUGGAGUCGCGGCUCUAAUGCGUCAAGGAUCUGAACUGAUGCCCAAAGCACUGUCCACCAGAAUCGUGGGAGGGAUUUGGUGGUUCUUCACUUUAAUCAUCAUAUCUUCCUACACGGCCAACCUGGCUGCUUUCCUCACAGUGGAGAGAAUGGACUCCCCCAUCGACUCUGCAGACGAUUUGGCCAAGCAGACCAGAAUCGAAUACGGAGCAGUAAGAGAUGGAUCCACAAUGACUUUCUUUAAGAAAUCCAAAAUCUCAACGUACGAGAAGAUGUGGGCAUUCAUGAGCAGCAGGAAGAACACAGCGCUGGUGAAGAAUAACAAAGAAGGGAUCACAAGAGUCCUGACCACUGAUUAUGCCCUCCUCAUGGAGUCCACCAGUAUAGAGUACAUCACCCAGAGAAACUGUAACCUUACCCAAGUCGGAGGACUGAUUGACUCUAAGGGCUACGGAGUUGGGACCCCCAUAGGCUCGCCCUACCGAGACAGGGUGACCAUCGCCAUCCUACAGCUACAGGAGGAAGGAAAGCUGCACAUGAUGAAGGAGAAAUGGUGGAGAGGUAAUGGAUGCCCUGAGGAGGACAACAAAGAGGCUAGUGCCCUGGGUGUGGAGAACAUCGGAGGGAUCUUCAUCGUCCUGGCCGCUGGUCUUGUGCUGUCUGUGUUCGUGGCCAUUGGAGAGUUUGUCUACAAGUCACGCAAAAACAGCGACAUUGAAGAGGCUUUCUGCUUCUUUUACGGAGUCCAAUCCCAGCAGCUGGAGAGGAGCGAUUCCAUCUCCUCCACUGGCACCUCCUUAUCAACAGAUUUAGAGAGCGGGCGGCUCCUCGGGGAUGACAUAUGUUCCUCACAUUAGCCACUCACAAGCUCAUAUCUGUAAGGGCUGCCUGUCAUUCAAAAGGCCAAAAUAAACUCCCUCAUUCGGCACCAACUGGUUACUUUCGAACCGCCUUCCCAAACCCUUGACCUCAAUCCCAUGCCCAUACGACUGAGAAAUUAAGUACGGUUUUCAGGGAGAAGAGAAACACAUUUCUUUCUCACCCUGUGUGCAAACAGAUAAGAAAUAUAGUGCACACAGAAACUUUAUUGCUAUUUGAGGCUAAAUUUAAGUGUAAAUUUAUAUAGUUGAUGUCCUAAAUUGACCUCUUAUGAUCUUAAAAGUUUAGACCACGUGGUGAGGAUAUGUAGGCAUAUGUGUAUAAUGAUCUAUUCAGUGGUGGCCGGUGACUUCUUUUUUUGAGGGCGCUCGAUGCGAAGUUCGUCACAACAUGUAUGUAGCCCGUCAUGUGUGUGGUUCGUAAUUUCAAAAUAUGUGUUCUGCGUGUCGAGUGAUCCUAUGUGCAUCACGUGUCUUGUCAAAAUAAGUGCCUGCUGCAGACGCAUCUAAAGGGUUUAUGAUAAAAGAGAUGCUUGCGUUGCCAGAUACUCACAUAAUCUCAUGCGCAAUCACAGUUUACUGUUAAGGGAGUGUCUUGCGUGUAUUUUGUGAACGUGAGCGUCUCUUUUAUCAUAAACGAUUUUGGCGCGUGUGCAGCAGGCACUUAUUUUGACAAAACACGUGAUGCACAUGGUACACACGACGCAACAAACACAUAUUUUAAAAACACAAGCAACACACAUGACACUCCGAACACAUAUUUUGAAUUUGCGCCCCUCGGAUGAGCAGUCACGAGCCGCCACUGCUAUUUUGUAUCUAUUUUCAAUAAAACAUACAUAUGGUAGCUCAUAGGUACAAAUCUGUACCUAAAUGGCACAUAUUGGGACCUUAUUAAAGGGUGCCGUCCCAGUGACAGCUUUUGUACCAUUUUUUCAUCAUGACCUUGGCAUAUCUAGCACCCUGCUUUACCAGUUGCGCUUCAGGAAAGCCUGGCAUUACAGGAAGUACGAAAGAAACACUGAUAUCAGUCUCUUAAAUUUCAUUAACCUUCACAUGCUGUAUAUGGCAUUGAGAUGAAAAGGAAAGUUUUCAUAAUGACUUGAUCUAGCAGGCCCUUAUAAAGAAAGUACAGUUAAAAGCCCAAGUUAAUAAGCUCGGUGGAUGACUAUAAUAAGCCAGGAGUUUAUUCACUGCACACUGUGGAAGUGCGCUUAUCUGUCUCCCACUUCCCCCAGUGACAGUUUUUGUGCAGCGUUGGUCCAAAUGCCUUAAGCUGUAUUUAAACAUCCAUCUCAUAAUAAACAGUGUCAAUUGUAAUGCAUUUGCAAUAUCAUUCUGGUGCCUAGAUAAUGCUGGGGGUCCCACGCAAGACCUCCAUACACCUCCACCCCAUCUGUAUAUAUUAUUCUGGUGUGCGUGUGGAUAUGGCUCGGGGCUGCUUUGGCCUCACACAUGGCAUCUGUACAUUGCCACGAGUCAAAUAAGUGAUUAGAUAUGAGAAUCAAGUCUAUGGGAUGUUUUCUGUUUAUCUGAUGCAUAUUUGUCUGCCAUGAUUCUCAGUAAAAACAUAAAACUUAAUAGAUUGACUGCCUUAUAGUGCAGUACAGAUAUCAAGCCAAUGCAUGCAGUCGAAUGUGUGAUGCGUACCGGACAGCAUUAGGUCGUGCUAGCCACGAGCGCAUGUGUGUGUGUGGAGUCUCACGCAAGCCCUCGUGUUCUUUU